AUGUGGUUAAAGAAAGUUUUCCUUAUAUUUGCUACUCUAUUUUACUGUUUUUCGCUCGUUGGUGGUUGCCAUGAAGGAGAAAGAGCAGCUCUAAUGAGCUUCAAAUCCUUGCUGACUGAUCCAUCUAAUCGGUUAUCUUCAUGGAAAGGCGAAAACUGUUGCAACUGGAAAGGAAUCAAAUGCUCAAGUUCAGGUCGUGUUGUAGUUGUCAAUCUCUGGAAUCCUCAUCCGGAUGAAGUCAUGAUCAAUGUCAAUAAGGAAGUUGUUUCAAGUUCUAACAACGCGUCCGAUUUUGCCCUUAAAGGUAAUAUAUCUCCAUUGCUCUUCACUCUUGAUCAUAUCCAACAUAUCGACCUGAGUUUCAACAACUUCAUGUUCUCAAAGUUACCUGUUGAGAUAUCGGACUUAACAAAGUUGACUUAUCUCAAUCUGUCGAAUUCUAUGUUUCAAGAUUCCAUCGACAUGCAAUUCUCAAAUCUUACAUCUUUAAGGUCUCUUGAUCUUUCGUGUGCUAAUUUAGUCCCCGAUUUGUCUUCUCUUACUGUUAGCUUGACAUUACCACCAAAGUUAGAUUCUGGUGUUAAUCUAUCAAAGUCCUCGGAAUCAUUUCAUUGGGUUAAAACAAUAUCAAGUCUUUCAAAUCUCAUCUCACUUCAAUUGUCCAACUGCAACAUUUCAGGAAGAAUUCCGACAGCGCAAUUACUUAAUCUUACUAGUCUUUCUACUCUAGAAAUGAGUUCUAACGUUCUAACUUCCUCGAUACCUGAUAUUCUAUCGAACCUCACAACCCUCUCGGUUCUUGACUUUAGUGGCAACGAUUUAGACGGUCAUAUCCCUUAUCUUCCUCAACUCGAAAAACUUUCUGUUUCUACCAAUCCUGCUAUGACCAUAGAUCUUGUUAUAAUGUUUUCUGUUCCAUGGUCAAAGUUAACAUAUCUUGACAUAAGCUUCACUCGGGUCGGUAGAACGGUUCCUCCUUCUUUAAGCAACUCAACUUCAUUAACUGUUUUCCUAGCUGAUGGAUGCUCGAUCGAAGGGUCAAUACCUCCUUCUAUAACAAAACUUAAGAAAUUAAGAAUAAUGAUGCUCAACGACAAUGAUAUCACAGGCCAACUUCCGAACAGACUACAAGGGAAUAUUCCAAUAUCUAUCUGUCAAAUCCCCUCCCUCGAGUACCUGAAUUUAAAUUGGAAUGAUCUAACAGGAUGUCUUCCCUCGUGCAUACUUCAGCUUCCUAAGCUUUCGUGUCUUUAUGUUCAGCAGAAUAACCUGAAUGGUGAUACGCCACUGUCUUUGUUCCGAAAGUCUAGAUUGGAUCGAAUUAGCUUCGGAGUUAGUGGAUUGUCUGUGGAAAUCAAUGAUCAAGAUCAAUCCUUAGUGCAAACUUUCCAGCCCGAGAUUUUGGAAUUUACAUCUUGCAACAUGAGAGGAGAAAUCCCAAAGUUCUUUUCAAAUCUGACGAUCCUCGUGAUUUUAAUUUUGGCUAACAACAGUCUAUCAGGAGCCAUACCGUACUGGUUGUUCAAUCUCCCGGCCCUCUCUGUACUAGAUUUAUCGAUGAAUAACUUCAAGGGAGUUAUACCUCCAACGAUUCAGCUGAAAUCUUCUCCUUAUCCAACAAUAAUUAGUUUAGCCGAUAACAACCUUCAAGGUCCCAUCCCUUCUAAGUUCGAGAAUGUUAACGUCAUCAAUUUGUCACUUACCAAUCUCGUUGGCUCAAUUCCAACACAGAUAGGGGAA